CAACUGUUCGAAGCCAGUCUUGAUUCACAGACGGUAUUGUUUGUAAGCGCCCGCUCCAGACGGCCUCGAUUUAGUGAACUCACAACAUAAGUGAGUCAUAUUUUUCGUCAGAACGAAAUACAUGUUGUAUUGAUCAUGUAUAGAUUCAAGUAGCAGUUUAUAUUUAGUGAGCGAAAAAAAAAGUAAAUAUGCAGAAAGUUGGAAAAGUUUGCCCACGGAAAAGUACUUGGUCGACCGAAAUAGUAUUAGUAUUAUUUGUGUUGCAAGCAUUUGACGCCACAAACGGCACGAUACUUAGUGAAAGUGAUGAAAACAGUUUCGGUGUCGAUGAUUACUACGGCGAGAACCAGCAUAAACAUUUGCUUAUGACCAUCGAUUGGAGCAAAAGCGGUGUGACCCGAAUUGAGCAGCGAGACGAGCUGCUUGUGAAAUUGGUGUCGUGCGAAGAAGAGUGCUGGAAGCAGGGAGUCCCCGCCGCAUUCGACGGCAGAGCCAGUGUCGUCAAUCGUAAUGCUACACAUUUACUCGUGUCGGUGAAAUUCUACGACGCUCAGCAUAAAUUACUCACAGCCGAUAGAUUUCUUCAAGAUAAUAACGGCCAGAUAGCUGGUGUGUGUGCGGCUCACGAGCGGGGUGCUUUUGGUUUGUUUUAUUCGCCGAUUUCUUUCGCACAACGCGAGAAACGUCUACAACGCAGUAUUCCGCCGGCUGACGGGGAAGGGAAGGGCCAGAAGUUGGUCAUAAUUGGUCUUCGAAUAGAACAUACUGACAGCGAGCCGGCGUGGGACGAUGGUGUCCCGUCGGUGUUGAGCCAAUCGCCCGUCACGCUACGACUCUUCGGUACGGGAUUGAACAAGGACAUCGUAAUCGUUUUUACACGAGAGCACAACCCGUACGGCGGUUCCUGUCUUGUUCCAGUUACGGACAAAUUUAGAGUUAAAGACGUUAGCAAUUACAGUGCGUUGGUGGACAUUACGCUUCCGGCGGUAUCGAAUGGAAAGUAUUUCUACGCGUGUGCAAAAUAUGAGCCGGAUACUGUUUCUUCCGAGCAAGCGGCCCAACUUGUCGAACCCUUCAUUCACCAGGGUUCGUCCCCGUGGAUGCGGAUGACCAGCCACGAACCAUUCCUCCCCCUGUGGGUUUCGAUCGUUAUUAUCGGAUUGUGUCUAACGUUUUCAGCUCUGUUCUCCGGUCUCAACCUUGGGUUGAUGUCAUUGGACCGAACGGAUUUAAAAAUCCUAUGCAACACCGGUACCGACGAGGAAAAACGUUACGCGCAGGCUAUCCAACCGGUGCGAGACCACGGAAAUUAUUUACUUUGCAGUAUUCUACUAGGGAAUGUCCUAGUAAACUCCACAUUCACCAUUCUACUCGACAGUUUGACAUCGGGCCUGAUAGCGGUCAUCUUUUCCACCAUUGCCAUUGUGAUAUUUGGCGAGAUAACACCACAGGCGAUCUGUUCCCGUCACGGGCUUGCGGUCGGCGCUAAGACAAUACUCAUCACCAAAGCUGUCAUGCUGAUAACGUUCCCACUAUCUUAUCCGACGUCGAAAAUAUUGGAUUAUAUGCUGGGUGAAGAGAUUGGCAAUUUCUACAAUCGCGAACGACUCAAAGAGCUUGUCAAAGUGACCACCGAUAUAAACGAUUUGGACCGGGACGAGGUGAAUGUCAUCUCGGGGGUACUGGAACUGCGCAAGAAAACCGUCGAGGACGUUAUGACGCGCAUCGAAGACGCAUUUAUGCUAUCUUUAGACGCGGUGUUGGAUUUCGCUACCAUCACAGAGAUACUGAAGUCGGGCUUUUCUCGCAUACCAGUGUAUGAGAACGAUAGGACGAACAUCAUCACGCUACUGUACAUAAAAGAUUUGGCUUUUGUUGAUCCAGAUGAUAACACUCAGCUGAAGACGCUUUGUGAAUUCUACCAAAACCCGUGCCAUUUCGUGUUCGAAGAUGUGACGCUGGAUGUUAUGUUUAAGCAGUUUAAAGAGGGCCACAAAGGCCAUAUGGCGUUUGUGCACCGUGUGAACAACGAAGGCGAGGGUGAUCCAUUUUACGAAACGGUUGGUUUGGUCACGCUGGAGGAUGUCAUCGAAGAGCUGAUUCAGGCGGAAAUCAUGGACGAGACGGAUGUGUUCACUGACAACCGCAGAAAAGUACGAAGGACUCGCACCAAUCGACAGGACUUCACCUUGUUUGCCCAAAGUCGGGACACUCAUUCCCAGCGUUUGCGCAUUUCUCCCCAGCUUACGUUGGCUACAUUCCAGUACCUGAGCACUUCCGUAGACGCAUUCAAGGCAGACAGCGUGUCGGAAACGAUUCUGCGUCGUUUGCUGAAUCAGGACAUCGUUCAUCAUGUCAAGUGUAAAGGUAAAGAUAGAAACGAUCCGAGCAUGUUCAUCAUCACCCGCGGCAAACCGGUGGACUUCUUCGUGCUCAUACUGGAAGGACGCGUGGAGGUAACGGUUGGCAACGAGAAUCUUGUGUUCGAAAGUGGCCCAUUUACUUUCUUCGGCACGCAAGCGUUGAUCCAGAACGCUGGAGUGGACGUCGUCGUGGACACGUCCCAUCAAAUCAUGGGCUCCCUGCAGUCACUCAAUAUUGAUGCUUUACUGCGGCACACCUUUAUACCGGACUACACCGUGAAAGCGGUCAGUGAUGUCAUAUAUAUUCAAAUCAGUCGGAACUUGUACUUAGCGGCAAAACGUGCCACUCUUAUGGAGCGUUCCCAGCGUCUCGGCGAUCCACCAUUGGACCCAAUCGACGACGAGGUGGAAAAGUUGCUACAUUCGUUGGACGAGGAUGAUCGUAGCGUUGGAGCGGACACAGCGAAUUUGCAAACCCCGAAGGCAAGCAAGCCAACCAGCAACGCGCCAUCACCGACGUGUGUUACUUCCGAGAGGCCAACGCCAGAUCAUAACAACGGCCCCCUGCCGCAUGCUGCUGGACCAUUGAACUUAAAUGCUAUUAACACGCGCAGCCACAGUUUGGCUGUGACCGCCCUUCAGCAUUCGCUUGACGAUUCGGACAAACCGUUGCUGACUCGAUCCAAAUCCUAAGAGAUGUACAUUUAUCGAAUUUGUAUAACAAUAAGUUGAGAGUAAUGUUUGUAGUCAAAACAAAAAAAAAAACACUUUACUAUAAUUAUUAUUGCUGAGAAACAGAUCAAAUCUAUCAUUACAUACAAACAUUAACAAAGGUUUUUUUGAAUUAUCAUUUCUACUAAGAAAAAAACACACUAAUGAUACAUAGUGCGUAAGCAAAAGUUUCACAAUUGUUGCCCGGCGAGAUGUCGGCGUUUGAAAGUUGUGUUCAUUCCCACAUCAUCUCUUUUGAACUCCAAAUCGCAUUUUUCCACAUUUUCUUUGUGAGAUGGAUCCAGAUUACUAGAUUUUAUUGUGCGGCCAGUAAGCAGCUUAAGUUAACGUAAGAGUUAUGUUCCUUCUUAGAGAGAAGUAUGUUGCCUUAUUUUUACUCGCUAAAUUGUUAUGUGUAUCACAAACUUCAUCGAAGUACCAAAUCGUUUUUUCAUCGAGAAGAAUUAAUAUAAUAGUUGACCCGUGUACCCAGACCUUCAUUGAUUGUUGUUAUCACGGCCCGAAACCAAAGCAAGUAUUAUCGAACA